UCACAUAGAGCGCGGCAAGCAGAGCACAUACAUAUUGGCUGCUGUUCACUCUCAAGUUUUUCUUCCAACUCUGCUAUUAUUGGAGAGAGUGCCUGGGUAUUUUUCAAUUCAUCAAAGAAGAAAAGAGAGUUGAGCUUUCCUUCCCCAGUUAUCUUUGCUGCUAUCUUUGAAGGUUGGCUGAGACUCAGACUCACAGAGAUGCUGAAGAUGAUGAUGCGAACAAAUGCUGCUGCUUCUUCUUAUUGCAGCAGCAGCAGCAGCAGAGGUAUGCCUCGUCUUCACCCUAACUCCACUGUUGUUUUCGUCAACAAUUACUUUGCUUUCUUCUCUCGCUCUCAAGCUUCUAAAGCAAAAAAUUCUAGAAGAAGAAGAACCCAAAUAGACCAGCUAGCGAAAGACUUUCCCAAAAUCACAAAUGUUGAGGAUGCUCUCAAAGUGUUUGAUAGAAUGCUUCAAUUGCGUCCCCUGCCUCCACUUUUUCGUUUUACUCAAGUCUUGUGCCUAGUUGCGAGAUUGAAACAGUAUUCGACGGUCAUCUCGUCAUAUAACCAAAUGGCUGUGUCGGGAAUGGUACCUGAUGUUUAUGUUCUGAACAUUCUCAUUAAUUGUUUUUGUCAUUUGAACCAAAUGGGGUCUAGUUUUUCUGUCUUGGGAAAAUUAUUCAAACUUGGUUUUGAACCAAGUGUCUCUACCGUCAACACUCUAAUCAACGGCUUUCUUCUCGAGAAUAGAGUGGUUGAGGCAGCAGGAAUUUUCAAUAAAAUGAUCAAGGCAGGUAAUUGUCAGCCUAAUGCUAUUACUUUCGGCACGCUAGUCAAAGGCCUUUGCAUGAAAGGCAACAAUGGUGCUGCUAUUCAGUUGCUGAGGAAAAUGGAGGAAAGAGCUUUCAAGAUUGACCUUAUUGUCUAUAACACGAUUAUCGACAGUCUUUGUAAAGAUACACUACUUGUUGAUGCAUUGAACCUCUUCUCAGAAAUGAUAAGCAGGGGUAUUGCCCCAGACGUCAGGACCUAUACAGCGUUGAUUCAGGGAGCUUGCAAAUUAGGCAAGUGGAAAGAAGCUACAAGGUUGUUGAAAGAAAUGGAGAGUAAAAAUAUUUUUCCAAAUGUGCACACCUUCACUGUCUUGGUAGACACACUUUGCAAGGAGGGCAUGGUUGUGGAAGCAGAAGGUGUGGUCGAAAUGAUGAUUCAAAGGGAUAUGGAACCUAAUGUGGUUACGUACAGUUCACUUAUGAAUGGUUACUGUUUGCAAGGAGAAAUGGACAAGGCGAAAAAGGUUUUUGAACUAAUGCUUAGCAAGGGGUCCAUGGUUAAUGGUUUUAGUUAUGCCAUAUUGAUAAAUGGAUACUGUAACCAGAAAAAAAUCGAUGAGGCCAGGAUGCUUUUUCUGGAUAUGUCUCGUAUGGGACUGGUUCAAGACAACAUUAUUUGUAACAUUAUUAUGGACGGUUUUUGCAAAGUGGGUAGAACACAGGAUGCACAAAAGGUGUUCUUUGAGAUGCAGACUUCAGGCCAACUUCCAGAUGUUAUAACUUAUACUGUUCUACUGGAUGGCCUGUGUAAAAACCGACAGCUUUCUAAAGCAAUGCAAUUGUUUCGAGAGAUGGAAGGCAAGAAGUUGGAUAUUGAUAUUAAGAUUUACAGCAUUCUUAUUAAUGGUUUGUGCAUAGCUGGAAAAAUUAAAUCUGCAAGGGAUCUCUUUUGUGGUUUAUCAUCAAAAGGACUUCAACCUGAUGUAGUGACACACAAUGUAAUGAUUAAUGGACUCUGUCUCGGUGGCCUAACAAGUGAAGCAGAAGAGUUGCUUAUUGAAAUGGAAGAGAAAGGGUGCUCUCCAAAUGAUCGGACCUAUAACACGAUUAUCCGCGGGCUUAUCAAUAACAAUGAGACAUCAAGGGCGAUGGUACUUAUUCGACAAAUGGUGGAGAAGGGUUUCUCUGCGGAUGUGUCAACAAUGGAAUUGAUAGUAAAUUUAUUGUGCAAAGAUGAAGUCGAUCCUGCUUUGUUGCCAUUGAUAAGAAAAUCAUUGUGAAAUUUAUAUCCAUCUGUGGACAAUGAAAUUUGAAACUGCUGCACCUUUGACAACGAUGAAGUUAUUAUAUUAUACCUGGUAUGCCUGGUAAAUCCCAAUGUUUAUAUAUUCUUUAUUCAUUACGCUGAAACACCAAACAAACAUUUCGUGGAAGGAGUAGAAGCCAUCUAUUAUUCGUGGAACUGCAUCAGUAGCAGAAUCGACCCCUUGUUACUCUGUCGUUAGCUUCUCAAUCAAAGCUGCAAAUUGCAAUGGCCACAACAUCAAGGUCAUCACCAUCCCAUGCAUUAUAUUUUAAGUUAUGUAAAGAAUGUAACACUCAUAGAAUUUAUUUCAAUCCUGGCAGCAAUUCUUAUUACCACACUUUUCUUAAAUAAAAAAUUGACAACAAUUACAAUUAAAUAAAAAAUUGAAAAUUUAUUAUAAAAAAGAAAGAAGGUACAUAUAAAGAAUGAAUGGAGGUCCUGUGCUUUAUUUGUUAUCACUUA